CAAAACGCACCAUUUCAACGGUCAUUUUAUCAUCUAAGGAUACGAAACCCUAUAUUGUCAUUUGUCAAUACUUGUGCGAAACCCUUAUCGCAAGCGCCGUCUGCGGCUAAUAUUCUACCGACUUCGCCUCUCUGUAUCCGUAUAUUAUUCGCUCAGCUUAGUUUGAAUCGUUGGAUUUGACCGUCUGGAUCGGCUUCAGAUUUGAAUAGCAAAACGUUUGUUUCUGUAUAUUACUUGUACGAAAUGAGUCGUCCACAGGAGCCACACCGACCAUUUUUCUCGUUUGGAAAUCCCCUCAGAAUGAUAUUACCUAAGGGCUCACACCUGUCUCCAAGACUUAUUUCUUUGUUGAAGUCUUUUGAGGAGUCAUUGGCAGGUAAGCUUAAAAGUCUCAUUCCUGGAGGCGGGGAAGAUGUCAUAAGCUUAUUAUGGAUGCAGCAAGCAAUUGUUUCACUUUCUCAAAUCCAUAUAGAAACUAAAGAACUUAUAACUGCACUUGAAUUUCCUGUAUCUGAUUGGGAUGAGAAGUGGAUUGAUGUGUACUUGGACAACAGUGUGAGGUUACUGGAUAUUUGUACUUCUAUCAGCUCUGAGAUCACAAGGAUCAACCAAGCCAAUCUUUUUCUUAGCUGUGCUGUGCAUUACCUGGAGGGUGAAGAAAAACAAAUUAUGCAAGCAUGCUCAUCAUUGAAUGGAUGGAGGCAGCAUAUGAAUUCUCAAAAUCCAAGAUUGGAGCGAUGCUUUGAGAAGUUGAACACCCUCACUGAAAGUUUGAACUUACCUAAGAUAAAAAAUUCUGCAAAAGGGAAGGUUUUGAUGCAAGCUUUGUAUGGAGUCCGGAUGGUAACCAUUUUCAUUUGCAGUGUGUUUGCUGUUGCUUUCUCAGGGUCUGUGGGCAACUUGAAGGAGCUAGAGGUCCUCGAGACUUGCCUAUGGGCCGAUGCUUAUGUUGAUCUGCAGGGUUUCAUUAACAGGGAAAUGAGGAACAUAUAUUCUAGUGGAGCAGCAACAGCAUUGAAGGACCUUGAAGCCAUUCAUGCAAGUGUGGAGAAACUGCAUCCCAUCAUACAGGAUGGAGUAAACCCUAUCGGAGCUGAUGUAUUGCCACACGAGACUUCAGGUUUGGCAAAGAUGGCAGAUCGACUUUCCAAAGGACUCGAUGGUUUGGCAAAGGAAGUUGAUGGAUUCUUCCAAAUUGUUCUUACUGGACGUGAUGCUUUGCUUUGUAACCUAAGAAUUGGGAGCAACAAUGCCAGCCCAUCACAAGAGAACAAUGCAGAACAGCCAACUCUGAGGUGACUCUUUGGUAAUAUGUAUGUUGACUAUGAUCAUCUGUAUGCAAAGGGGUUAAAAUGUGCGGUUUCCUGUUACUGUGUUGAAUAUAUAGUAGCGCAUAGUAGUACAGUAUGUGUCAGCAAUUGUGAUAUUAGUAGUCAUUUGUGGUCUGAUAAUGUCAUAAUAUUUACAUGUUUUGUACACUUUUACUAUUGUAAUGAUGUAUAUAAGUAUAUUUUGCUUGCUUAAA